GCGGGGCGGAGCGGAGCGGCGAUGGCGGCGGUACCGGAACCGGGUCGGUGCCCGCUGCUUGGGGCCGCCCGCGGGGCGUACGAGGCGGCGUUCGGGGGGGCGGCCGCCGUGGCUGCGUGGGCUCCAGGGAGGGUGAACCUGAUCGGCGAACACACCGACUACAACGACGGCUUCGUGCUGCCCAUGGCCCUGCAGCUGGGCACGGUGCUGGUGGGCUCCGCUACGCAGGACGGGACCAUCUCCAUCGUCACCACCGCGCCGGGGGCGGACGAGCCCCAUAGGGUGCAGUUCCCGGCUCCGACCCAAAGCCUCCCCCUGAGCCCAGGGAGACCGAACUGGGCCAACUACGUCAAAGGUGUGAUCCAGCACUACCGCGGUGGUCCCGUGCCGGGUUUCAAUGCUGUGAUCGCCAGCGAUGUCCCCCUGGGCGGUGGCCUUUCCAGCUCUGCCUCUUUGGAAGUGGCCACAUACACCUUCCUGCAGCAGCUCUGCCCCGAUGAUGGUGAUUUGGUGGCCAAGGCUCUGGCGUGUCAGCAGGCAGAGCACACGUUUGCUGGCAUGCCCUGCGGGAUCAUGGAUCAGUUCAUAUCAGUGAUGGGCAAAGAGAACCACGCACUGCUCAUCGACUGCAGGUCCCUGGAUGCCGUCCCCGUCCCUCUGCACGAUGCCAGCCUGGCUGUCCUCAUCACCAACUCCAACGUGCGUCAUGCACUGACGGGCAGUGAGUACCCAGCACGGCGACGGCAGUGCCAGGAGGCAGCAGCAGCACUGGGCAGGACCACGCUGCGGGAUGUCACCAUGGCCGAGCUGGAAGCAUCCAGGAGCCAGCUGGAUGAGGAGGUGUAUCGCCGUGCCAGGCACGUUGUUGGGGAGAUUGAGCGCACGACACGGGCAGCACAAGCACUGAGGGAUGGGGAUUAUGUCACCUUUGGGAUGCUGAUGGUGGAGAGCCACAACUCCCUGCGGGAUGACUUUGCCGUGAGCUGCCCAGAGCUGGACCAGCUGGUGGCAGCAGCCCUGGAGGUCGAUGGGGUGUAUGGCAGCCGGAUGACGGGGGGAGGCUUUGGGGGCUGUACGGUGACACUGCUGGUGGCUGAGGCUGCAGAGAGAGCCCAGCAGCACAUCCAGGAGAAGUACAGCGGCACAGCGACCUUCUACAUCACCAGACCCUCGGAUGGGGCAAAGGUGCUGCCCUUAUAGAGAAGCAAACACAGCAUCCCUGCUGGGAUCACCUCCUUCCCAAGGAGCACAAAUAACUGGAGCACACCUACCUCCACCUGCUGUUGGGGGUGGAGGAAAUAACGUCAUUAAAACCAAAAGGAACAGGCAAACUGUAGAGAAAACAUUUAUUAAGUGCACAGAGCUGCUGCUGGGUUGACCUGAAGCACCAACAGCUCUGGGGACCAGGUGAGAAUUAAAAAGCAAUGACAUUUGGGGCACAGUGCAGCUAUGAGAGCACAGGGGUGCAUGGGAGCAGCAUCCUGUGCUCUGCUAUGGACAGAGCAGUGGUUGGGUAGGAUGCUGCUAAGGGGCCUGAACUCAUUCUUCUCAAUGGUCCAAAUGUAUCCUCAUCACUCUGCAUUGAUCUCAUUCACCUCCACUGUUUGUUUGGGUUUUUUUAAUAUAUAAAAUAAUAAAAUACA